AUGGGGGACCCCAGCAAGCAGGACAUCCUGACCAUCUUCAAGCGCCUCCGGUCGGUGCCCACCAACAAGGUGUGUUUUGACUGCGGUGCCAAGAAUCCCAGCUGGGCCAGCAUCACUUACGGGGUGUUCCUGUGCAUCGACUGCUCGGGGUCACACCGGUCGCUUGGUGUCCACCUGAGUUUUAUUCGAUCUACAGAGUUGGAUUCUAACUGGUCUUGGUUUCAAUUGCGAUGCAUGCAAGUUGGAGGAAAUGCUAAUGCAUCUUCCUUUUUCCAUCAACACGGGUGUGACACCAACGACACCAAUGCCAAGUACAACAGUCGCACUGCCCAGCUUUAUAGGGAGAGAAUCAAGGUGGUGGCCUCCCAGGCAACCCGGAAGCAUGGCACUGACCUGUGGCUUGAUAGCUGUGUGGUUCCGCCUUUGUCCCCUCCACCAAAGGAGGAAGAUUUUUUUGCCUCUCAUGCUUCUCCUGAGGUGAGUGGCACAGGGUGGACAUCAGCACAACCAGAACCAUCUUCUUUAACACCAGGGAACAUGGACGCUCCUCCAGCAAACAAUGAAGGUGGACCAGAACAAGGACCAAGUGUGGAAGGUCUUAAUGUACCAACAAAGGCUGCUUUAGGACUCUAUUUUUUUUUUUUUUUUUUCUUGAUAAAAAAGAAACCAAAUCAAGCUAAAAGAGGACUUGGGGCCAAAAAAGGAAGUUUGGGAGCCCAGAAACUGACGAAUACGUGCUUUAAUGAAAUUGAAAAACAAGCCCAAGCCGUAGAUAAAAUGAAGGAACAGGAAGACCUUCUGGCCAGGGCGGCACCUAAGGAAGAAUCGAUUGUGUCAUCAUUACGAUUAGCCUAUAAGGAUCUUAAUAUUCAAAUGAAGAAAGAUGAAAAGAUGAACAUGAGUGGCAAAAAGAAGGUGGAAUCAGAGAGACUUGGCAUGGGGUUUGGAAAUUGCAGAAGUGGUAUUUCACAUUCAGUGACUUCAGAUUUGCAGACCAUUGAACAGGAAACGCCAAUCACAGCGAAACCAAGAAAAAAGUAUAGUGAUGACACUGAUGACUCGUAUUUUACUUCCAGCUCAAGGUACUUUGACGAGCCAGUGGAGUUAAGGAGCAGUUCUUUUUCUAGCUGGGAUGACAGUUCGGAUUCCUAUUGGAAAAAAGAGACCGUCAAAGACACUGACAUCAUUCUGAAAACCACAGGCUACACAGACAGACCUACUGCUCGCCGCAAGCCAGACUAUGAGCCAGUUGACAAUACAGAUGAGGCCCAGAAGAAGUUUGGCAACGUCAAAGCCAUUUCCUCAGAUAUGUACUUUGGAAGGCAAGCCAAAGCUGAUUAUGAAACCAGGGCUCGGCUGGAGAGGCUUUCGGCAAGUUCCUCCAUCAGCUCUGCUGACCUGUUUGAUGAGCAGAGGAAGCAGACGGCAGGAAACUACAACCUCACGAGCAUGCUGCCCACGGCCCCCGACAUGGCCCAGUUUAAGCAGGGAGUGAGAUCCGUUGCUGGAAAGCUCUCCGUCUUUGCUAACGGAGUCAUGACUUCGAUUCAGGAUCGCUAUGGUUCUUAA